AAAACAAAAAUUGAGAAGCGUCCAAAAGGAUAAUUGACAAAGCAAAAACAGGACACAGACGUAGGACAAGUGUUUUCAUUUUGUUCGUGUUAUCCUUCGUAUGUGCGGUCGCCCGAAUUGUCCUCGAAAUCGCUGGCGUUUUGACUCGCUGAGCAAUCGGUUGUGAAUGGUCAUUGCGCGAAGACGCCGUGGAAAUAGCGUUGAUAUUUGGGCCGUCCAAAAUUUGCCAAACAUUUUACAUUUAUUUUUGCUUGUUAUGUGCUGCCCAAAUUAAAAUUUCAUAAUACAAUUUUACAAAAUUUUACCAAAGAAAGUGUGAUAAAUUAUGUCUAAAGUGUUGGCUCAACAAAAUGCACUGCCUACCCAGCAGUCCGAAAAAUCUGAAAAUAAAAAAACCACACCCACUGUAAAAUCGCUCAAUAACAACAAAAGCGGCAUAAAUGGUAGUACCAGCAUGAGAGGAACAGUCUCCAGCUCCUUGUCUUGUUCGUCGGAGUCACCAUCUACUUCAUCAUCGCCCAUUACUGUUGAUUUCGAUGAAUUCACCAGCAGCUCCAUUCUAGAAUUUCUGGCAAGGGAACAAGAAUGUUGUACUGAAGCAGAUGCCGAAAGCAUUUUUCAGGAAGUUAGUCGUUUGGCAGACAAUUCGGAUACACGUAGCGUUGAUGAGAUUUUGCGUGAAGCUGAGCUACUAAUGCAACAGCAACCGCUUUUAGGAAGUGCUGAUAAAACAGACAAAUCAGGGCAAAAUAAAAAGCCUAACGCACAUGGAGUGGACAAAAUACGAGUGGCUCACUCGAAACAGUCAUUAUCUCCAGAGCAAAAACAGAAUCCUUCACCGCUGCAACAAGCUCAACCACUAACUGUGGCAAUACAAAACAUUAAACUAAAUAGUAAAUAUACGAAGAGCAUUGAAAAUAUUUGCCCAGUUCAGAAGCAAACGGCAGUAAGUGCGCCCACUCGACUGACCAACGGCAACUGUAACUAUCAAGACAUAGUGCAGUCACAAAAAAACAGAUCGCCUGCAACGCUGUGCACAAUGUCUACACCCCCAGCUACUACCACACCUCAGACGCCGACACCAACUGCCGCCACACCAAUUGGCAAUCAACGCUUUGAUGUUUUUGUUGAUAAUUUGCCAUCGGUGUCGGUAAUUUCUGAAGAGUCGACACCGAAGGACAUGCAAAAUAUGACAGCAACUGAAGCCGAUGUGACAACCAUGGCACUGGUAAAUGGAGACGAUGAUGAUACAGAUACGGUGAGUUAGGGGCGCCCUCACGCAAGCUUAACUAUUCAUCU